UCGAAUGAUUUGGAGACAGUUCUGGAAAUAAUUCCGUAUAUAUCCAACUUUACAGAUGAAAACCAUUACAAAGUACUGAAUGUCAUCAGUUAUUUGGUUAAAAACCAUAACCUCCCAGAAAUAGUUAACACAACACUCAACCAAAUGGUAAAAUCUGCCAGUCUCAUGAGCAAUAUUUCACAGCUGCUAAUGGAACAAAUGGCCUCAGCAGCAUCUGUUCUGGAGGUUUAUCAAAAGUUGCUCCCCCACAUCACAGACAUAAUUUUUAAUGAACAUUUCAACCAAAGUUCAAAGGCAUUUCAACUUAUAAAUGAUUUGAUUUUUGAAGUUUACUCACAUUGGGAUCAUACACCUGAAUUCAGACAAACAUUGGUAAACAAGGUUAUCCAGAUCUUGAAUGAACUACAACCAGAAAACAAUCAGGCAACUAUAAAUUUUGUGCAUGUUAUCAAUAAUGUGUUCUUGGAGAUCCAAGGAUUUGACCCUAAUGGAAAUCUUAACUCAACUGAAAUCAUAAACAUGACACUGAACUUGAUGGACAGGCUUGAAGAAUUGUUUGAUGCAAUGCCAGUAUCAAGUCCUGCUUGGAAGAUUGCAGCUGAUAUUCCUAAAUUUACGAAACUGCUUCUCGAGUUCAAAGAAACAGGCAAUUAUACAAGAAUGGAAGAAGUGUGUCAAUUUGAUUGGUUCAAUAAGUAUGCCAUGUCAUCAUAUGCCACAAGUCUCUUUCAGUUAAAGUUGCUGAAUCUCUUUACAGAAAAAAUGUACUUUGUUAAUGAUAUCAUGUGUGUACAGAAGAACUGUCAUCAGAAUGUUUCAGGACACAUAAUUCAUGCUCUGACUGAACUGUUUAAUUUGACAACAGAUGUCAAACAGAUCUUGGAAGAAACAUUCUUGAAAUCAGUCCAUGGAAACUGUGAGACCGUUCUUAAUAAUAGCAUUCAAUUACAAAUUGCAAAUAAGCAGGCAUUGCAAGUAGUUGAACAUGCAGUAAAGAACUACCAAUGCAGUUGUGAAUUGACUUCAUUGAUGACAGAGCAACUAUAUGACAGGUUUGAAUUUUCUUCAUCAACACUUUAUCCAAACAGUACCUUUGUAACUAUACUUGAGAACAUUAGAGCAUUUAAAGGUUUACCAAUAGAGAGCUGUGUGCAAAACAUCACAACUUUAAAGAUCCAAUUGCAGCAAAUCAAUGGCCUCUCACCUGAAGCAAUUGAUGUGUUAAUGACAGCAAACCUGACUGUCUCAAAGUUAAUUCGUGGCCUUAUUAUCACAGCAGACAGGUGUGAUGAGGAAAGUCUGGAUCUGAUGCUGUCAAUUUCAGACAAUGCAAGCAUUUCAUCUCUGACUACCGAACUGUGUGCUUUAACUCCUUUGCAAACUUAUAAACUUAUUUUGACAAUCAGCCAGCACAUUGAUUUUAGAUGCUUCACCUAUAAGGCAUUUCUACCAAUCAUAAUUCCUCCUCAUGUUAAUCAGAUAAUGGACAAUAUCCUGGAUGUGUUCUCCAGCCUCAGUUCUUUCACUGCUAAGUCAUUAAAAAUUUUGGAUUUGAUACCCAAUCUUUUGCAGUCUGUCCGUGACAUGAACCUUCCAUCUGUUUUUGAAUUCAGUGAGAAUGUUAGAGGAAGGUCUCAGAGGAUUUCCGCGAGUGGUUCUUUUCAAACUCUCUCCAAAGCAAUUUGUAGCACACAAUCAACCGGCUUAUUCAAUGAUGCAAUGAUGUUCUCAGAAUUACCACAAAUCAACACACUCACCGAGGAAGAUUUAAUCAAAUACAAUGUUCCUACAAAUACCACUCCCUACUGCAUGAGCUUUUAUCAGGAUAUUUUAAAAGCACCAAAUGGACCCUUGAUGUGGACCUUCCUGAAACCAUUGCUACUUGGUGAAAUUCUGUAUGCUCCAAGGACAAUUCCAAUACAGAGACUAAUGGACAAGUCCAACAGCAUAUUCAACAUAGUUAAUGACCUGAAGACCUAUUCUGAACUUUGGCUGAAAUCCUCAAGCCUUUUGGAGAAACAAGGAAACUUUCAGUCAAGUCAGCUUCAGGGGGCUUUGCAGAACAAUUUUAUACGCAGUUUCAUUCAGUCUCAACUGGAUAUUGAUCUUGAUAAACUUUUGGAAAGUUUACAACAAUAUGAAGAAACAGUCACCAAAGCAAUGGAAGAUCCAGUUGUACAACAGAUCACUGUCCUCUCACAGUUGAUGGUGAAUGUUUCAUCCUGCGUGUUACUAGACCGCUUUAAACAGCUAGAAUCUAAGGAAGAACUGGAGAAGAAAGUACAAGAACUAAUGGAAAAAAACACAUUCCUAGCAAGUAUAUUGUUCGAUGUUGAUGAUAGCAACGCCUCAAGGAAUAUACGAUCAUUGUCUCCCUCACUUCCAACUAAGUUGAGCUACACUAUUAGGACAGACAUUCUGCAUAGUAUGCCGACUGAUCAACUGGAAGAUCCCAAAUGGAAAUCUCAGCCUCAAAGUUUGCCAACACGCAGUUUCUAUUAUAAUCGUGUCUUCCUUCCAUUGCAAGAUAUGAUUGAGCGAGCGAUCAUUCAGUCUCAAAUUGGUCAAGAUAUCCCCAACCCUGCAAUACAGAUCCAAGCAAUGCCAUUUCCCUGCCACAUCAGUGAUCCGUUUCUCAACAACACAGCCUUCUUUUUCCCAUUAUUAAUGAUGCUCGCGUGGCUGAUUUCUGUGGCUUCCAUGGUGCGUAACCUUGUGUUUGAGAAAGAACUUCGACUGGAAGAGUACACCAAGAUGCUGGGAGUGAAGCCAAUAGUUCAUUUUCUGGUCUGGUUUCUGGACACUUUCUUUGUCCUGAUUCUGAGCAGUGCUUUCAUAACCAUUAUUUUGAAAGCCAGUGAAAUACUUCCAAACAGUAAUGGAUUCAUCAUUUUCCUCUUUCUUUUGGAUUUUGGAGUAUCUGUCAUUGCACUGAGUUACCUGAUUGCCACGUUCUUUAGCCAUGCUAAUACAGCAGCUCUCAGUGCUUGCCUGAUCUAUAUCAUUACCUUCUUCCCCUAUAUGGUCCUUGUGGCUGUACAGAAUCAACUCAGCUUCUCCAGCCAGAUUCUGAUUUGUCUCCUGUGUCCAACUGCAUUCAGCCAGGGAUCAUAUCUUAUCACACUUUUUGAAGGUGAUGGAAUAGGAAUUCAGUGGAAUAACAUGUAUGAUAUGCCUGGUGACGGGGACAAUGUGUCUUUUGCCUGGAUUUGCUGGAUGAUGGUCAUUGAUGCAGUGAUAUACUUUAUAUUAGGCUGGUAUCUCCACAAUAUUUUCCCUGGUAAAUAUGGAUCUCGGAAGCAUUGGUAUUUCCCAUUUACCAGUUUGUAUUGGAAAACCUUGUGUGAUUGUGCCAAGCGCUUUGACAGCAAGAUCGGAGAAGGCUACUGGGCCCAAAACCUUGAUUGCUACAAUCAGCAAAUUAAUGUAAAAGGAGACCCAUUUAAUUCUAUGGAUUUAACUGGGAAAGAAAUGACACCUCCCAAUUUGAACAUUGGAGUUGCUUUAAGAUCACUCACCAAAGAGUUUAAGCACAAAGAAAAAGUAGCUGUAAAAGACUUAAACCUUGAUUUCUAUCAAGGAGAAAUUACUGCUUUAUUAGGACCCAAUGGAGCAGGCAAGACAACAACAAUGUCAAUGCUAACUGGCUUGCUUCAGCCCAGCUCUGGGAGUAUUUAUGUUAAAGGGAGGAAUAUGACUCGAGAAAUGUCAGUCAUUAGAGAAGAGCUGGGAGUGUGUCUACAACAUGAUGUGCUGUUUGAGAAAUUAACAGUGCGUGAACAUCUCCUGUUAUAUGGCAUAAUAAAAGCACCACAGUGGACCUACCAACAGCUGUUGCAAGAAGUGAAAAUGGCCCUUGAGAAUGUAGAGAUUGGUCAGCACCAACAUAAACUGGUUGGAGCUUUAUCUGGGGGAACAAAGAGAAAGCUGUCAUUGGCAAUUUCAUUCAUUGGAGGCUCGUCUACUAUCAUUUUGGAUGAACCCACCAGUGGUGUUGAUCCCUGUUCUCGGCGUAACAUCUGGGAUGUUAUUUUAAAAUACAGAACAGGUCGAACAAUUAUUUUUACUACUCACCAUUUGGAUGAAGCAGACAUUUUGAGUGACCGUAUUGCCAUCCUUGAAAAUGGCCAAUUGAAAUGCUGUGGUUCUCCUGCCUACUUAAAGGAACAGUAUGGGCAGGGUUACAGUCUCAGUAUCUCAAAAAAGCCCACUGUGGUAGGAACUGAAGAGUCAUGUGAUGUUGGCCUUGUAACCUCCCUGGUGAAACAGCACAUUCCCCUGGCCUUUCUGAAGCAAGAUGCCUUUGGAGAGCUGACAUAUAACAUUCCAACAGUGGCAGAUAAGACUGCUUAUGAAGGGUUGUUUCAAGAUCUGGACAGAGAUAUGAAAGCUUUACACCUGAGCAGCUACAGUAUCUCUGAUACUACACUGGAGGAGGUGUUUCUGAAGUUGCUUCAGAAUGAACAAAGCCCAACUCCUCCUGAAGGCCAGGAUAUAGUCUCUCUGAAUUCUGAGAGCAUCGAAUCAACUCACAGUGACAGUGCAGCCCUUGCUGGAACCCAACGAGUAACUGGAUGGCGACUCAUUUUGAAACAGAUGGUGGCUCUGAUGAUUAAACGCUUUCACCAUACAAGAAGGGACUGGAAAGGGGCCAUUGCAAACAUUCUGCUUCCUGUUCUCUUUGUUAUUCUAGCAAUGGCCCUGUUCAGUGUCAAGCCUUUAGUUGCUGAAUAUCCCUCACUCAAGCUAUCUCCAGAGAUAUAUCAAGAUUCAGACGUCACUUUCUUCAGUUCUGGUAACAAUGAUUUUAUAAACCUGACCUCCGUGUUGCUGAAGUUUCUGAAAAUAAAUGAAUCCUGCAUUGGCCAAGCCUCCAAUCCGGACAGUUCUUCAUGCGGGUGGAAUGGAAAUUCAGAACCACAGAGUUUUGUGGGGCACUGUAAUUGUGAUAAUGGCUAUCAGCAAUGUCCAGCAGCAAAUACCACAACGCCCUACUACAGAAAUAGUGAGGGACAACUGCUGUACAACCUCACAGGUUACAAUCUGCAAGACUAUUUAAUAUCAACGGAAAACAUGUUUGGACAAAAUAGAUUAGGAGGAUGGUCAAUUGGAGAAGAACUGCCGGAUAAUCUCGAGGAAAACAAUUUCACUCAGUUGGGACUUAAUUCCUUAAUGAAGGUGUGGUACAAUCAAAUGAGCUAUCACUCAGCACCAGCCUGCCUGAACCAACUCAAUAACCUCAUUCUCUGGGCCAACCUACCACCAGACACUGACUGGACACAACACGGAAUUACACUGUACAGUCAUCCUUAUCGAGGAGCCCUUCCAGAUGAUGACAAAAUUAUGGAGAAUCUUCGACAGUGUGGAGUGGCAUUCUGUAUUCUGCUGGGGUUUUCUGUUCUAACAGCAAGUAUUGGUGGAUACGUUGUACAAGAUAGAGUUACUGGGCAGAAAAGAUUACAACACAUCUCUGGUCUGGGCUACAGAGUAUAUUGGAUUACAAACUUCCUGUAUGACAUGCUCCAUUAUAUGGUCCCGGUAGUUUUGUGCAUUUGCGUAUUUGCAGCUUUUCAGUUUUCAGCAUUCACUUACAAAGAUAACCUAGGAGCUACAGCCCUGCUGCUGAUUUUAUUUGGAUUUGCCACAAUGCCCUGGAUGUAUCUUCUGUCAAGACUUUUCUCCAGCUCAGAUGUAGCUUUUAUCACAUAUGUGGCGAUUAACUUAGUGCUGGGUCUCUGCACUAUCCUUGCAGCCUAUCUUCCUCGUUUUCUGGCUCUAUUAUCCAGCCAAGGGCAACUGUUGAGAGUUUACAGUGUACUUCGCUGGGUCUUCAUCAUUUUUCCACAAUUUUGCCUGGCCUUUGGACUGAUAGAACUGUCCUACAAUCAGUUGAAAUUUGAUCUCACCAAGGAUUUUGGAGUUGACUCCUACGUGAGUCCGUUUGAGAUGGAUUUCCUGGGCUGGGUCUUUGUAGCAAUUACCCUGGAGGGAUGUUUAUUUUUGUUCCUUCGUCUCCUAUUACAAGGAAAUUUGCUACAUAAACUCUGCAACAAGGAUUCCUUGCAAGGUACAACCAGUGGCAACGAGGAUGAAGAUGUGAAGAAGGAACGUGAACGAGUUCUGACUGGAGAAGCAAGCAGUGACAUUUUGCAGAUACACAACUUAAAGAAAUGUUACCAGACACUAAUCAAGAAAGUUAGUGCUGUGAAAGGAGUCACAGUGGGGGUGCCUGCAGGAGAGUGUUUUGGACUCCUCGGUGUGAAUGGGGCUGGGAAAACUACCACAUUUAAAAUGCUGACAGGAGACAUAAGACCAUCUUCAGGCCAUGCAAUUAUCAGGACUGCUGCAGGGUCUGAACAAGACAUCAUAAACUCAGAUAUUGAUGGAUCUCUGAUUGGAUACUGUCCCCAAUAUGAUGCACUGGAUGAUCUCUUGACUGGCUGGGAACACCUGUUCUACUAUUCUAGAAUUCGUGGAGUACCUGAGGAGACAAUCAAGAAACAUGUUCACAAUCUUGCUGAUCACCUGUACCUGACUCCGCAUGUUGAUAAAUUAGUGAAAACAUACAGUGGGGGCACAAAGAGAAAACUAUCAACAAUCCUGGCAUUGAUUGGCAGACCUCAAGUCCUUUUACUGGACGAACCGAGCUCAGGAAUGGAUCCUGAGUCCAAGCGCUAUCUCUGGAAGACAAUCAUGAAUGAAGUGGAAGCUGGAUGUGCUGCUGUCCUGACAUCACACAGCAUGGAGGAAUGUGAAGCCUUGUGUACAAGACUUGCCAUUAUGGUAAAUGGUAAAUUAAAAUGUAUUGGCUCUCCCAAGGAUAUAAAAACCAGGUUUGGGGAGGUUUAUUCAGUUAAAGUAGGCCUCAGCCGAAAAUUAGCUGGUGCAAUGCAGCUCACAGACCUGUUGGAGGUGCACUUCCCAGGCACAGUCUUAAAGGAACAACAUCAAUAUUCUCUGGAGUAUGAGGUACCACAGAGACACGGAGAUUUAGCAAGGAUGUUUCAGUUUCUUGAGAACAACAAAGAAGAACUCAAUAUCAAACACUACUCCAUUAGCCAAGCCACUCUAGAUCAGGUGUUUAUUAACUUUGCUCGUCAGCUAGAGGAAUCCCUGGAUCAAACAGCUGUAGAAAACAGUAGAACAAACCCAUCUGUAUAGCUCUUCUGUUGUCACGAGAGCAGAACGGUUUAUGGAAGCACAAAACAUAGUGGCCUAAUACAGACUCUACUGUUUUAACAGAAAAGAAAAUGUGGUCUCAAUCUCAGGUUUUGAAGAGAGUUAUGUACCUCAGACAUGUAUUUUAUUAGUAACAUACUGGAAGGUUUUUAUUUUAACAUAACAUUACAAAUAUGUUAAUGGAUUUUGAAAGUGCACCUUUUUUCCCAUUUUUUCAUUUAUUUCCUAUUACAAUGAAAUGAAACCAAAGUUAAAGCACCUUUGUUUUUAAAUGGAAAUACUGGAUUUAUUAAAGUUGUUGUGUAUUUUUACUGUAAAUUUACUAAUUGUAUCCCUUAAAGUGUUAACAUUCUAAUUGAAUGCUGUAUUGAUACACAAGAAAUCUGGUAUUCUAAAUUUGGGACGAUCACAGUGGAGAAAAGAAUGAUAUUCAGAGCAAUGAAAUAUCUGAGAAAUAGGUCUUGAAAGUACAAGAGUUGAUUAUUUAAUGUUUGUUAAAUUAUAGUUUUAAAAAUGAACUGAUUGAUAUUUUUCUCUAAGAUCCAUCACAACUGUAAUUAAGAAACUGAAGAAAGAAUCAAUAUUCACACCUUUUAAUUUAAGUUGAUCAGCAUAAAGACAAUUAAACAAAUAAUUUUUGUAAUUUUAUAAAUGUUAUUCACUGAUCUUUUCCUCUAAUCAACUUCAACUUCAUGGAUCUUGUUUCACAUUGUGUGUAAAAUUAAUUGGAAGUUGGUGUAGUCAGGAUUUAAAAAAGGCAAGCAUAAUGCAAACUGUCUUAUUUAAAAUAAUGCAUGUGAAAUAAUCAAUUUUCCUCACCUUCAUUAUUUAAUUGAUAAGUAUGAGGUAGUUGAAAGAUAAAACUAAAUCAUAAUGUGUUGUCAAAUUUAUGUUUUGUGUGAUAAAGUUGAACAUAUCCCAUUCUGAAGAUAUUGCAGAUUGAAUAUACAAGGAAAAGCAUUACAAGUAGGAAAAGGCGAUUUGGUCCUUGAAGCCUGUUCCACCAUUUGAUAAGGCUAUAGCCAAUGCGAUUACAGCCACAACUCCACUUCCUAACCUAUUCCCCAAACUAUUAUAUUCAAGAAUCUGCCUACCUCUAGCUUUAAAAUAUUCAAUGAUCCUGCCUUCAUCACUCUCUGGGCAUGAGAAUUCCACAGACUAACAACACGCUGAGAAGAAGACGCUCUUUUCAUCUGCAUUUUAAGUGAAAGGUCACCUAUUUUUAAACUCUGUCCCAUAGUUCCAGUGGCUUGUUUUCAAAAGUACAGCAAUUCCUUAUCCAGUCCCUGGUUUGAAAUAAAUUAAUUUCCUACCUUAGUCCACAAGCAAAAACAAAAGAAAUGACCUUAGCACAUUCUUAAAUAAAGAGACUACAAAUGUAGUUCUCUAAAUAUGAUCCCACUGAUAUCCUGUACAACUAUAACAGAACUGCCUUUAAUUUUAUGUUCCAUUCCUCUUGCACUAACCAACAUCUUACUUGCCUUCCUAAUCAGCUGCUGUACUGCCUUCUACUCUUUUUGUGAAUCAGAUUCUAGAACACCACGAUCCUUCUUUGAGUUUGGUAAUCUGUCUCCAUUUGAAUAAUAUGCUGUUUUUAUAUUGGUCUUGCCAAAGUGUAAAAGUUCAUAUUUUUCCAACAUUAUACUCCAUCUGCAAAAUGUUUGUCAACUCACUUUGCCUGACUAUGUCCCUUUGUAGACUCCUCAUAUCCUCUUCACAACUUAUUUUUCUAUCUGUCUUUGUAUCAUCAGCAAAUUCAGCAAUCAUACAUUUCAUCCCUUUAUCCAAAUCAUUGAAAUAUUUGAAAGUUGCACUAUAUAGGACUCUUGAUAUUACACUAAUAUGACUGUAUUCAAUAUUUUGAUAUAUUAUUCCAGUUGCAUUAAUAUUAAACAAAGCUCAAUUUGUCACAAGCACUUUCACAUAAUGAACUUGAGUACAUUAAGAAAUUACUUAACAUUAAAUGUUCUUGAAAAGCCUUGAUACAACAUAGAUAUUUUAUCGUAUAAUUGCAAUAUAGUAAUUUAAUGUAAAAUAUUAAACUGAUCAAAUUAUUUUUUUGUAAAUGUACAUCUUUAAAUCAUAUAGUUGAAUGUAAAUUGUCUUCCAGUUCCAUAGUAUUCUUGUCUUUUGAAAAUUAUACAAUAGCAGUUGAUCAUUUAGAAUCUAAUUUGAAAUCACCCACAUUUAGUACUAAAUAAAUAUUAAUUUAUCAGUGCCAAUCCACUCCAUUUUAAAUGUUAGAUGUUUUCAGUGUAAAAGAUGCAAGGUAGGCAAGUGGUCACAACAACUGAGAUCUAACCUAUCUGAUAUGGAAUACAAGAUUUAGAUGUGAGUGGAGGGAAUUAAAUUCACAACAUUCCUUCUUAGAAAUUUUAAGGUAUGUAUUGUUGAAGUGCUCCUGCAAAUUUAUGAUUCUUCAUCACAUCAAAAUAUUAAACAUGUACAAUGUUUUUGGAGUACCUACACAAAUACUUUCUAAGUAGCUUAUCAGAUUCUGUCAAAUAUAUUAAGUAUUUAUUUUAAAGUAGUCAGUCGCAAAAAGACAGAUUCAACUUUUUUUUUUCUGAGCUUCAAGAGCAAUUGUUCUGCUUUUGAAAAUAUUACAUGUGCCUUAAUAAUCCUUGGCAAUUAUUCAUAGAUCACUUCUGCAGAACUUAGCAGACCUGUACUGGGUCUUAAAGAAAAUCUGUACCAGCUGUCAACUACUAUGGAAUGUUUGGGUAACUGAGGAACUUCUUUAUGGGUUACAAAGUGGGUAGAAGACCCAUAUAAUACUCCAGACUAAAAUUUCCAUCAUUGUGCUCUCUCUGAACCCAGAGAUAUCUGCUCCAAUGCUUAAUCAUUAAACUCAAGGAUUACAAUAAAUUCAAAGAUUAUUCAGAUCAUUCCAGAAAUUGAACAUAUUAGUGUUAUAUCAAGAGUCCUAUAUCGUGCAACUUUCAAAUAUUUCAAUGAUUUGGAUACUUUACAGUCGUGACUACACUCCUGGAAGAAGACAUUAUUUGCGAAGUACUUUUGAGUUUCCUCAGAAUAUGUGACCUACCAUAUAAAUGUAUCUUUUUUACUUUCUUCUUAGAAAUGUUGAUCUCAAUUCAUGUGUAAGACCUUUUGGUUACUUUUUCCACUUUGCUUAUGUGUUUUUCAAUUAAUCUUUGAAUUCUAAUCAUUCUACAUAAAUA